CAGGAAUUGCUCCGACAGCGAUGGACGUAUUCCACACCCACGUCGGGGCGUUCUAUGAAGCGCUGGCCGAAGAACAGCUCGAUCAUCUCGCCGAUGCACUGCUAAAUCUCCGACAUGCUGCUACAGUGCUUCCUUUAGACGAUCCCGCCACUGUGAUUCUGCAGGAAAUGCUGAAAGAUUGCGAGAACAAAGCAAAUGCAAAGGGUCAACUAGCGCUGUUUAAACUUGAGGCACUUGUGAACACAUUGACGACAUUGCUUGGCCGCAAAUCGAACGACGACUCCGUCGUGCAAUACGAACGCCUCGACACGCAACUGCGCACGGUGAUCAAUGCCUUCUACACAUCGCAUGCAUUAAACAGACCCCCCACCGACGCCAUGUGUUUGAACCUCUUGGUCGAGUACGUCGGGGCAGAGUUCAAACAGCGCGUUAGUUUACGAGUGGAUGCUCUGAAGAAGCUCAAGGCCGCGGCGCCUGUCAACUCGCACGGGUACAUCGAUCGAUCCGUCCAUUUGAAAGCCUUCGAUGGGUUGAUCCAUGAUGCGUCGUUCGUUGUGAGCCAAGUCGAGGAAGCGAACGUGACGGACAUGACGCUAGUGUUUCCGUCGAUACACGGCGACGUGGUGUCUGGAUUGCUCGAAAUUUUAGCGCUAUAUGCUGCAGACGCGCGACUCAUGGCAUGGGAGAAGAAGGUGUCGAUGCGCACCACCGCCUCGCAUGACGAUGUGGAAGCCGACGAGAGCUUGCAAAUGAUUGACCUCCUCUUGGAAGAGCUUGCGUGCAUCCUCCAGCUCAGCUUUCAUUACUCUGCCUAUGCGUUGUCGAUUUUGGACACUGGUGGUCGCGGCUCCGACGACGCUGUGACUGCGGAGCUGUCGCGUAAGGUCCACGAACUGAAUGGAGUGUACUUGCUGCUCGAACGAUUCUACAUCUUCCAAACGAUCCACAAAGCUGUCAUCAUUGCCGAGCCCCAGGAAAUCGAGCCCAACGUAUUCGCGAUCAGCACCGUUGAAGACGCUUCGUUUGUGUUGGACAAAGCGUUCACUCGGGCCACUCAAUGCAAAAACUAUCACACGGUGCUGUCGGUCUUGAUUGCCAUCGUCGAGUCGCUCGAGCGAAAGUACAUGCCUUCCAUCCUGGACCUUCCUCGACGGACUUUUGACAUUCCACUGCCCGUGGCGUCACCAACUCAUGCUUCAACGGCUGACGACACGGCGGACCAGUCGUCGGACUUUAGCUUUUCCGACGCGCUGCUCCAAGCCGUGGACGCCGACUUGACGCACCAGCUCCAGGUCGAUGCCAAGAUGAUGAUGGCGGUGGUGUCAGCACACAUGAGCUGGGACUACGUGGGCAAGGUCCAUGCGCGCAUUGCGGACGCGCAAGCGACGCACUUUUCCACGAUGCCGUCGUUGCUCGAGUGCUUGCCCAAACCCCUCAGUGAACUCCAGCACGAGUUCCACCAGGUUUACACGACUGGCAUCGAUGCAUUGUACACGUGGGAUCUACAGCCGAAACUCGAGGGGCGAUUCUAGCACUCCGUCCCAGAUUGACAGUACGAGCUGUCGUUGGAGGCGUACGACUACUUGGAAGUCCACGAGUCUCCUGUCAUCGGCCUCGUCCAAACAGUACGCACACUGCAUCGACCAAAAUCACAUGUACUCACGCCCGACCAUCGCUUGUGCGUGCAAUGCCCUGCAGAUCAUGAAAGACCAAACGCUGCGGCGAUUUCGACGGGGCCUCAGUGGCCCGACCUUUGAGUUGAUGUGGCGCCAGAUCGUUCGCGACAUCUGCGACUGGAUCGAGCGCGGGGUGCACCAAAAGGCGUUCAACGAAGUCGGCGCGAUGCAGUUGGAGAAGGAAGUGCGCCAGCUGUCCGUUCUGUGUGGCCAAUUUCCCACCCACAGCGGCCCCGUCAGUCUUCGCGCUGAAUUUACCCGUCUCGAUCAGAUUGUACUGCUCGUUAACUUGGCCAGAGCCGCCGACGUCCUCGAGUACGAUAGCAUCCAAACGCAUCUGUCCCGGCCUGAAAUAGAGGCCCGACUUGGUCUACGAUUCCGCGCGGACAGUGUCCAGCGCGUCAUGCAACAACUAAAACAAGUCUAACCAAAUGCCCCAGUUGGCAAGUGCAUGAG